CGUGAGCGCGGCCACGCUGGGGCCCCCGGUUCGGCCGCGGGGCUUCCGGCGCCGCCCGCUCUGCUGGGUUCGGGCGGCUCACGAUGCGCGGCGGGCAGGGCGCGGCGCGGGCCCCGGUGCUCCAGUUCACCAACUGCCGCAUCCUGCGGGGCAGGGCGCUGCUCAGGGAGGACCUGUGGGUGCGCGAGGGCCGCAUUCUGGACCCGGAGAAGCUGUUUUUUGAGGAGCGGCGCGUGGCCGACGAGCAGCGGGACUGCGGGGGCUGUAUCCUGGCGCCCGGCUUCAUCGACGUGCAGAUCAACGGUGGAUUUGGCGUUGACUUUUCUCAGGCCGCGGAGGACGUGGGUUCGGGGGUCGCCUUGGUGGCCCAGAGGAUCCUAUCUCACGGAGUCACCUCGUUCUGCCCCACCUUGGUCACCUCACCACCCGAGGUUUAUCACAAGGUCCUUCCUCAGAUCCCUGUGAAGAGUGGUGGUCCCCAUGGGGCAGGGGUCCUCGGAGUGCACCUGGAGGGCCCGUUCAUCAGCCGGGAGAAGCGGGGUGCUCACCCCGAGGCCCACCUGCGCUCCUUUGAGGCCAACGCCUUCCAGGACGUGCUGGACACCUAUGGUUCCCUGGACAACGUCUGCAUUGUGACACUGGCCCCUGAGCUGGGUCGCAGCCAUGAGGUGAUCCAGGCGCUGACAGCCCGUGGCAUCUGUGUGUCCCUAGGGCACUCGGUGGCCGAUCUGCGGGCUGCGGAGGAAGCGGUGCAGAGUGGGGCCAGCUUCAUCACCCACCUCUUCAACGCCAUGCUGCCUUUCCACCACCGUGAUCCGGGCAUCGUGGGGCUCCUGACCAGUGACCGGCUGCCCCCAGGCCGCCACAUUUUCUACGGGAUGAUCGCCGAUGGCAUGCACACCAACCCUGCUGCCCUGCGCAUCGCCCACCGGGCCCAUCCCCAGGGGCUGGUGCUGGUCACCGAUGCUGUUCCUGCCCUGGGCUUGGGCAAUGGCCGUCACACACUGGGGCAGCAGGAGGUGGAGGUGGAUGGGCUGACGGCCUACGUAGCAGGCACCCAGACACUGAGUGGCAGCAUAGCCCCAAUGGACGUCUGCGUCCGGCAUUUCCUGCAGGCCACAGGCUGCAGUGUGGAGUCAGCCCUGGAGGCUGCGUCCCUGCACCCCGCCCAGCUGCUGGGGCUGGAGAAGCGCAAGGGGACCCUGGAUUUCGGGGCCGAUGCAGACUUCGUGGUGCUUGAUGAUUCCCUCCACGUCCGGGCUACCUACAUCUCAGGCGAGCUGGUAUGGCAGGCGGAGGAGGCCAGGCAGUGACUGAGGACCACAACUGGGGAGGACGCCCAGCCCCAGCCGGACACUGUCAGGGCUGGGCCAUCGAGGAGCUGGUCUCCAGGAAGCGAGUGGGAGCCCUGCCUCAGGUGGACGGCCUGGGCCUGCGAGGUGGCUGGCUGGCUGGCUUGGAUAAACGUGCGCCCCACAGGGGCUUGCCUGGUCUCCGA